CGACAGGAGAAGGAAAGGCAGGAGAAGGAGAAAGCCGAAAAGGAAAAGGCGGAGAAGGAAAAGGCCGCCAAGCAGGAUAGGAGUAGACCGAUCUCGAGUACGCCCAUUUCGGGUACUCCAUGGUGCGUGGUCUGGACGGGCGACGGGCGCGUGUUCUUCUACAACCCCACGGCGCACUCGUCGGUGUGGGAGCGGCCGGCGCAGCUCAUGGGCCGCGCCGACGUCGAGAAGGCCGUCAGCCAGCCGCCCGACGCGCUGCUGCAGCUGCAGCGCAAGGAGGCCGCAGCUUCGGCGGCGGCGCUGGGCAAGACGGCCAACGGCGAGCUGAAGCGCCCCAACGACUCGUCCAGCGACGACUCUGAACCCGAGCCCGCCAAGAAGGCCAAGCAGGAUGACAGUCAGUUGCCCGCUCUUUCUAGCGCCCUGGACAAAAAACCGCCAGCAACUAAAAUCGACGCAGGCAAAGAGGCAGCCAUCGAGGCGGAGGUACGAGCAGCGAGGGAGAGGGCCGUCGUGCCUCUAGAACAGAGGAUGAGGGCAUUCCGCGCCAUGCUGGAGGACAACAACGUGUCGGCGUUCAACACCUGGGAGAAAGAGCUGCACAAAAUUGUCUUCGAUCCGAGAUACUUGCUGCUUACCUCUAAGGAACGCAAGCAGGUGUUCGACAAGUACGUCCGCGAGCGCGCCGAGGAGGAACGCAAGGAGAAGAAGAAUCGCCUGCAGCAGAAGAAGGCCGCCUUCCGCGCUCUCAUGGACGAGGCCAAGCUGCACUCCAAAUCAUCGUAUACCGAGUUCUCGUCGAAGCACGGCCGCGACGACCGCUUCAAGGCCAUCGAGAAGCCACGCGACCGCGAGACCUACUUCAACGAGUUCAUCGCCGAAGUGCGCAAGCGCGAGAAGGAGGAGAAGGAGAAGAAACGCGAACAGGCCAAAGUGGACUUCAUAUCACUUCUCAAAGAGAAGGCAGUGGACCGACACGCGAGAUGGGCUGAAGCUAAGAAGAAAGUAGACUCUGAGCCAAGGUACAAGGCGGUGGAGAGCAGCGCCAUGCGAGAAGAUUAUUUUAGAGAGUACUGUAGGAUGGUCAAGGAGGAGCGCAAGAAAGAGAAAGACGCCAAAGAGAAAGAACGUGAUCGUAGCAGCAAGAAAGAGAAGAAAGACAAAGAGCGCGAAAAGGAAAAGGAGAGGGACAAGGAGCCAAAAGAGAAAAAGAAAAAAGACAAGAGCGGAGAAAAGCACGAAGAAGAAGAUCAACCGAAGCAGCCAACGCCACCUCCCGACCAAUGGGCCGAAAUCCUCGGCAUUCCUGGCGAAGAACGAGCGAAAAGGAACAGAGAGAAACGCUUGAAACAACAAGCAGAAACAGUAGAGUCCAAAUCGGAAACAGAGAAGUCAGAAUCGAUAUCCGAACAAACGGAGAAUUCCUCUGAAAAAUCUGACACACCCGAAAAAGAGGUCGUAUCACCAAAGCAGUUGCGAUCGUCGAAAAAAGACUUGCAGUCCCCUAUUAAAUCGCCACCUAAAAAGAGAAAAGAAGACUUUAAAUCACCGGAGCCAGAGAAGAAAUCAAGGAAGUCAGAGAAGGUGGAGAAGAUCGAGAAGGUUGAGGUCAAGAGGAAACGAAAAAAGUCCGAAAAGGAAUAGUGUUUAAUUAACGUUUUCGCCAAACGCUGAUUUCUGCGUUAGUGGUUAAGGCCACGAACUUUUUGAGGGUAGUCGCGUUUUGUUUUGUACGUACAAAAAUACUGACAGGACAGUUUUUUAAUAUGAAACAAUAUACAUGCAAGUCAAAGGAACAGUGUAUUUGCUACUACAGUGUAUUAAAACAAACAGUGCAACUAAUGUGAACUUUACAUAGACACACAUAUUUUAUCACUGUACCAGGCCAUGUCUAAUGACGUCAGCAAUUUGCUGUUAUUGAUUUACCUCUGAAUACAAAACAGGGUACGGCAAGCUUAGUAUAAGCACAUAUAGACAAAACCCGCGAGAUUAGGAGAAACUUUUCUCGUUUACCGCUACUAUAGCGCUUUAAUUAGACUAAACUCGCUAGGCUAGAGAAUUUUUUCUCUUGUUUGGCUCGACCAUAGUAUUAUAAUAGACAAAACUCGCGAGAAUGGAAAGUUGUUCUUGUUCACUGACUUUGGCGCUACUAUAGCAUUAUGGUAAACAAAAUUCGCUUGACUAGGUAAUUUUUCUCUAGUGUACCGACUUUUGCUCUACAUAGCAUUAUAAUAGACAAAACUCGUAGAGUAAAGAAACUUCUCUUUUUUACCGACCUUGACGCUGCUGUAUCAUCAUAAUAGAUAAAAGUCGGAGAGUAGAGAAACUCUCGUUUACCAAUUGUGGCACUACUAU